AUGGCCGAACCGCCCAUACCCAAAAAGCGCAAGCAGGCGACAGACGCAAAAACAACAGCAUCCCCACAAGCGAAAAAGCCCCGGCCGCAGCAGAAUCCCACCCUAUCAGCCCCCCACGAAGCCAUCGCAGCAGAACUCUCCUCCAAAUACGACAUCCUUACCGCCUCGGUCAUCUCGUCGACCGAGAUACGCAAGCGCGUCAUCUACGCGACCGGCCACAUCCUCCAACCCCGCACCGACAGCAGCUCGGACGGAGCCGUCAGCGACAGGAGCAGGACGAGGAGCCGUGUAGUUCUGUUGCACUCCCGGCCAGCAGAGGCAUGCAAGCUCAUCACAAUCGUGGAGCAGUGCAAGCGCGUACUCAAGGCGCAGGGGAGGCCGUGGUUCCAGUAUAAUCAGCUCUUCGAACUGCCGUCGGACGAUGGUGCCGCCAAGAAGAAGAGGAUGAAGAAGAGGGUGGACGUCGUGGAGGGGACGGUACUGGAUGGGGCGAAGCAAGACAAGGGAGAUGGCGAUGAUGAGGAACAGGACGGCGAAGACGAAGACGAAGACGACUAUUUCGAAUCGAUGCAGACCAGGUUCGAGAACGCCGUGCUUCCGCAGAGGAGCGGGCGGGCUGUCAAGUCGAUGAGGGUGUUCUUGUCGGCGGGGGCCGUGCCGGAGCUGAGGGCCAAGGACGGUGUUACCGUGCAGACGAGUACGGGCGCGUGA